AUGUCGAACCAGCUCGAAGAUGAUCUACACCGUGUGCUGCGACUUGCAAGAGCAGAAGCUCGUGCUCACAAGCAGAGAAAGAAUACAAAAGUUGCUUACAAACCUCAGCGUCAAGUUGAACAGCGACAUCGCCAUGAUCGAUAUCUGACCGGAUCAAAAGAACGUCAAACUCUUCUAUCAGCCAAAAUGCAAGGCCUCGAAGCAGUCUACGGCCUCGAUUCCAGCUCUCGUCACCUUGGAGAUUGUGGCAGCAAGUCUGUAUUGUAUCACCGUAACAAGGAGACCUCAGAAGAUGAUCAAAUGUUACAGCAACGCCUUGAUGCUCGUCGAACCUUGUACAGACGACACUUUUCGGGUGUCUUGGCGGAAUCGAGUGGACGGAAGCGAGAGAAGGAGCAUGUUCUGGAGGCUGCAGCACGCGAAGCUCGAUCUUCUCGUGCGAACGGUGUCGGCAUCGGAGCUGCUGUACUCACCGAGUCUCAAACUAUUUAUUCAGCUGGAGCAGUCGAGAACGGAGCGCUCGUGCUUUGUGCUGAACACGCUGCAGUCAUGAAAAUGCUCACGUCUUCUGCAACUUCAAGUCCUGCCAUAGCAGCCCUGGCGAUCUGUAGUGAACAACGUGAGUUGCUGCCAUUUCCUUGCGGUAGCUGUCGUGAGCUUCUGGCAGAUUGCGGAGACUUCCCCGUGUACCUUGUGAACGCUCUAGGAGAGACCGAAGAUACCAGAAGCUCGGUAUUAUUCCCACGAGCAAGACAUUCUGAGUUCACGCAGAUACUCACAAAAUCCGUGAUCAAGCAAUGGACAACAGACGACGUUCUUAAGUGGCUGGAGCAAGACGUUGGGUUGCCCCAGUAUCGAGACGUUUUCGAACGAAACAACGUCGACGGAUGUACGUUAGUGUUGCUAGAAGGAAGUGACCUGCAGCUUCUACUCGGGAUCACGCACCCAUUGCAUCGCUCCAAGCUGCUGACACACCUCGAUCGACUACGAGAUCGAGAGCUGCUCGCUCGGGGGCUUGACUACACACAGCUAGCAGACUAUCUAGCUGUGCUUGACAUCGACCGAGUGAGUGCAAUAGCGCAACUCAAGACAACGUUCGACCGGCUUGACGCUGACCACGAUGGGUUUCUCGACUUUACCCAAGUAAAACAAGCUCUGUCGCGUCUUCGGUGCUCAAUUCCAGCAGCUAAUCAAGACGAUUCAGUGGAGGCUACGCCACUGGCGGUAGAGCGCUUACUACACAGUGAAGAGUUGUUUGGAAAGGAGGCUGCAAGUGCAGGUAAAGUUUCAUUCGCAGCGUUCACCCGAGCGUUCUCCAAGCUGGCUACACAACCAGCAGAUACGUCGACGGUGACGCAAGGAGCGUUUGCAGUACACGCAUUCGGCCCGAGACUUCCAGUGCUGGAUCUCAAGAAUCUACGGCAAUGUUUCGAGCACCAAGCUCACGGGAAUUCUCUCGAUGAAACUGGUUUGGUUCGACUGCUGCAAGAGCUUGGACAGAGCGAUACGCAGAGCUCAGAACUCGCCUGUCGGUGGCUGGACGCACAGGAAGACAAUGACAAUUCCGGUGAUGCUAUGGACUUUGCGCAGUUCAUCGCACGGUACGCUCGACUCGUGGACUCUCAUGAGACCAGCGGGGUCUCCAGACUGCAGCAGCUCUUCACAUCCUAUGAACCAGUUCGCUCCUCGCGACUCAAGCCUCGCACAGUAGUGCAACGCGCUCUUUCCACUCUGUUUCCAGCUGUCUCAAGCGAUGAAGUUGGCGUUUGGUGUGCAAGUUUCUGGCCGUCACAUGCGAAUGGUGAUAGCUCGAACAAGAAGAAGAUGGCUACUCUGACCUUCCCUGAAUUCACGUUAGCUUGCUUGGAGUUUGCAGCUGAAAUGUACGCUCGUGAACAAGAGGCCGCCUCCAUCAAACGAUCUCUUCGUAAUGACGCGUUGGCGCAUCGGAGUCGAGUGGUCCACUUGCACAGCUCUGGACACGUGCGAAUGUGCCCCCAACCUCCGGAAGACGACGACAAGAAGGACACAAAGGAGCGUAAAUCUCACGAAGAUGAUGGAAAAUUUGCCGAUAGAGAGGCAAAGGCUCAAGACAGUGACGACGAGAAGUCUCCGAGACGAAGCAAACGUGAACAGCAAGUGGAUGAAGCGUUUGAUCGGUUUGUAAGACGACGAAGAGCGCAAAUUGGUAGCUCCAGCGACGACGGCAAGCAGGACAGCGAGGACGAAGAAGAAGGUUGUAUGCUGAACGCAGUUGAAGCGGCUCAAGCAGCGCUGGAGCUGGGUGCUGCCUUGUCACGAGAGCAAGUGCUGCGCUAUCUCGAGCGUGAAGGUCUGGGCAGGAUCCGUCGUCGAGAUAUCUCUCGAACGGCCUUCCACAGACUCAUGAAGCGACUCGACGCCAACCAGAGUUUCCCUCAAGAUCUCCUUCUCGAUAUCAAGGACACAGAAGCGUCACGUAAGUCGCGAACUGCUAGUAAGAGUCCUCGCCAUCGCGUGUAUAAGAGCAGACCUGACUACGACGAGUUCUUGAGGAGAAAAGUUGCAGAAUCCAACGGUUCCCAGUGGAAAAAGGAAGUGGAGCAACUUCGACGUAAACAGCAACACCGAGAAGCACGACAAACGAGCAAGAAGACAAGAAAACACGAAAGAUCUCACUCCACAGCCUCAGAGCGCAGCACUCGGUCGAGACGCCAUCGAAGUCGUUCAAGACACAAGAGAAGAAGCCGCCGCCACCGAUCAAGCUCUUCCGGCACUUCUACGGAGACCGACACGUCUUCAAACGAGAGUACGCGAUCACCUCACCGUCAAUUUAGACGAAGCUUCCAACCAGGAGCGCGAGUGGCGAGUAUGGUGCAUGGCAGAGGCACAAUUGAACGCAUUUAUCGAGACUACUUCGUGGCUGACGUACACUUUGACAGUGGACGGCACUUACGCAACGUCGAGUUCAGCGGCCUGCACUUGCUGGACGUGGAGGAUGAACUACAACGCGAGAUAUCACAAGGGUUUAACAUGGGUACACGAGUCACGAUAGCUCAUAAAGGCACCAAAACUCGACGACAAGGGAAAAUUAUCUUGUGUCGCACUGACGGGACGUUCGACGUCUUAGUGGACGAGUUCGGAUUGGCUCAAACACUGAAGCGUUUGCCACGCAGCGCAUUAACUCGUGAGAACCCGAUGCCUACAGUGUAUCGUGACGGAGAUCGAGUUAUGGUUCGACAGCGCACUGAGUAUCUGCGAGGGAAAAUCUGCAAGUGUCGAACGGAGAGCACGUACGACGUCAAGCUCGUUAGGUCUCCGCAAAAGAUUCUCGAGCGCUUGGCUCCAGAACUGCUCGUUCCCGAUAACGAUGAAGAUGGCUACAGUGACGAAGAAAUUGAGGUUGGUAAUAAAGCUCCUACAUCUAAACCGAAGCAAGACUCGGACGACGAAUUUGAACCGGAAUUCUCUCGAGGUGACCGCGUGGAAGCUCGUUUCGGUGGUGGUAAAGGAUCGUAUUAUCCAGGUACAAUUGAGCGAGUGCAUCCUAACGGAUGCUGCGAUAUCUCGUACGAUGACGGAGACGAGGAGGAACGUAAACCCGCCUCUGAUGAUGGAUACGAGUCCGAUCUCUUUGAAAGCGACUAA